AACAAUGGCAGCUUCGCACUUUUAUAACUUCUGUCAACCCACGUUCCAGUUUUCAAAGAAACACUCCUCUCAGUCCUCUCUUUCAAAACCCCUCUCUCUUUAGUACUUUACUUUAUUUAAUCCCCUCUCGCUUUCUCUCUCUCUCUAUCAUUUACACAGAAAUACAAGCAAUGCCUUUCGCGUACUUGACGACAUUAACAACUCUGUCUUCUUCAAUGGUUUUCUGUUCAUUUCUUGUUGUUCUUUUUCAUUAUUGAUGAUGGAUGGUCGGUCCAACUCUACUUCUUCCUCUUCUUCUUUGCCGCCGACGACACCAGUGUGUCCAAAGUCGCCGCCUGGAGGUUUGGAUUUGUUUGGGAAGAGAAGGCAGUUGGUCAAAGUACAAAUCUUGGAAAGAGAGAUUGGCUUGCUUCAGGAAGAGUUAAAAACUAUUGAAGGCCUUCAACCUGCUUCAAGAAGCUGCAAAGAGCUUGAGGACUUCAUUGGGGCUAAGCAGGAUCCUCUUGUGGCAAUAAAUGAGAAGGUCCAUAAAUCUCGUCUUCGCUGCAAGAAGCUCUGCUGUCUCCCAUGGAUUUGCUGCUCGAGUGGUUGCGGGCCUCGUUUUGAAAGGCCGAAAUGCUGUGCCUGCUGUCCAAUCUCAUGCCUGAACUUAUGCAGUUGCUUGCAGAAAAUGAAUUGUCAAAAUUGUUGCAAAUUUACCAGUCUUUCAUGUCCACACCUUGGUUGUUGCUGUUUCAAUUCAUCGCACUGUAAUUGUACAAAGGUGAAUCUUUGCUGUUGUUGCUCAAAAACCAGUAAUAGUUCAUGCUGUUGAUAAUCUUGCAUUAACUUGUGCUUUUCUUAAACUUCAACUUUCUUCAGCCUUCUUAGAUUAAAAAUUCCCAAAUAAAAAUCCAAUUAUUCUAUUA